GGAAGUGGAAUCAAAACAAAGGAACCGCGGCCGGGAGCGGACCUUCUUCCUCCUUGUUCCCUGCGGCGCUGAUUUCGACCCCGGCCGCAGACCCCGAGAAGCCCCCAGACCAUGUCCAAUAUGGAGAAACACCUGUUCAACCUCAAGUUCGCGGCCAAAGAACUGAGCAGGAGUGCCAAGAAAUGCGAUAAGGAGGAGAAGGCCGAAAAGGCCAAGAUUAAAAAGGCCAUUCAAAAGGGCAACAUGGAAGUUGCGAGGAUACACGCCGAAAACGCCAUCCGCCAGAAGAACCAGGCGGUGAAUUUCUUGAGAAUGAGUGCGCGGGUCGAUGCGGUGGCUGCCAGAGUGCAGACGGCGGUGACGAUGGGCAAGGUGACCAAAUCGAUGGCCGGUGUGGUUAAGUCCAUGGACGCGACGUUGAAAACCAUGAAUCUGGAGAAGAUCUCGGCCUUGAUGGACAAAUUCGAGCACCAGUUUGAGACGCUGGACGUCCAGACGCAGCAAAUGGAAGACACGAUGAGCAGCACGACGACGCUGACCACUCCCCAGAACCAGGUGGAUAUGCUGCUCCAGGAGAUGGCAGACGAGGCCGGCCUCGACCUCAACAUGGAGCUGCCGCAGGGCCAGACGGGUUCCGUGGGCACGAGCGUCGCCUCGGCGGAGCAGGACGAACUGUCCCAGAGGCUGGCCCGCCUGCGGGAUCAAGUGUGAUUGCAGAAGCCGCUCUGCGGCUGAGGGGCCGUGCCGCCUUCUGGAAUGCUCUCUGUCUGUUAGAGAGAUCUACUCACUGGAGACUGAGUAUGCCAGAAUGCUGCUGAUAAUGCUCUUUAUUUUAGACGCGUCUACCUUUGGGCUUACAUCGCUGUCCAGAAUGACAAGCUUUCUUCUCUCUCCUGAAUUUUAUAGUUCUGUAUAACUUGUGAUGUGUAUUUUUAUAGCUGCCUUUUGACAUAACUAGUUAAUUUGGGGUAUAUAAUAUUUCUUUAAAAUUUGGUCAAAACUCGAGUUCCCGUGUACUCAGUUUUAUGUCCAGGAUUAUCGAAUUGAAGGUGUGCGUGUGUGAGAGAGAGAGAGAGAGAUUGAUAAUACCUACAAUGACAAAGAGAAUGAGUACUUAUUUUGAUUACAUAGCUAUUAACACCACAUUCAGUGCUAUUUUUGUGCUACUUCUGUGUACCUUUUGCUUUUUUUUUUUUGCCACCAAAGUGAGACUACAAUUGACUAAUAAUCUGUUCUCAUAAUUUAACCUAAAAUUAUCCUGGCACUUUUUUCCAUAAUAAUCUCUGUUUAGGGUCUGUAAAUUUUUUUCAUGUGAUAAGGUCUUUGUAUAACUGGAAAAAAUGCCACAUAACUUCAUUUAUGGCAUUUUUGCUCGUUUUUCUGCUUGCUAAAUGGAGUUUUUAAAAGACAAGGCUUAACAUUUGGCACUUCCUUGAGAUGAGCUUCCACACAUUUUGAGUUAUUUUCCUAUUUCAAUCUAACUCUUUAGACUUCUUGUAAAGUAUGUUAAUUAGCACGUCAGUCACAUUACUCAGUUUAACAUUGCCAAAGAACUGUUUAGGAAACCCUGGGACUGUGUGUGUGUGUAGGUUUUGUUUUGUUUCUUAACAGCCAAAAGUAGAAAUAAAAUUAGAACUGCAUUCUAAGUUCUAAUUUUUUGCAUUAAUUAUUUUGUGUCUUAAUAACUCGUAAUGUUAGAAAUGAAAGAUGAAAUGUUUUGUUUAGCCAUGCAAAUAACUGAAAUGUAUAUCCGGCCAGCUGGAAGCCUGGGAAGAAGGAGAGAGGUAGGAUUGGACAGCAAGCUUGCUUUUAAGACUAGAGCCUAGCUGUCCUACCUUUUUUCAUCUUCCUAGGAAUGGCAGCGGUUUCUCUGGCUGGAAAGCAGGGUACGCUGCCACUGCUUUCUCAUGGCUUCAAAAGAUGGAGAACAGCAACUUGCUUUGCCUUGGCGCAUACAUUAAUCUAAGUGAAAUACUUAUAAAGGUGUUUUUUAAUUCCUUCUCUUCCCUCCCUGGCAGGUUUCUCUGAGAGAAUUCCAGUGUUUCAGAAAAAUAAUUAUAGGGACUCUUUCAAGUCCUUGGGAAGAUUCUUAACCAAGUACUUAUGAUUGUACUGUUUUCUAGUGUGGAUGACUAGGCUUUAAAAACAAAAAAUACAAUUAAUAGGUGUCCGCAGAUAGGUUGGAGCCUCAUAUUUAAGUUACUUGAUGUUUGUUGUUCAGAAGUUUUCCUUGAGGGACACCUGUUGAUCAUCUGCCCCACAUCUGUUUUCUAGAAUCCCCCCCUCCAUACCUUCUCUUGUCCACAUGGUUGCCCCAGAACCAGCCAUGUGAGAGCAUAGCAGGGUCUUAGCCCCUCUGUAGACUGGAAAAAAUAAUUACAGUUGAAAAAUAACUUAGUGUUGAAUCCUUUGGCAAAUUAAAGACCCUUUUUUAGUGCAGGUAUUGCCAACAAAAUUAAUAUAUUUUGUGAGAUUAACAAUGUUUGUAUAUGCUUAAACUUUCUUAAAAUAUGUUCAUUUCAAACCAUCUGAAUGUACAUUUUAUGAACCGUAAAUAUUAUUUUCAAAAGCACACCAGACGCAUGAAUUAUUUCCUCACUUUUGCAGUUGAUGAAAUAUGCCAAAUAAAUAAUUUUAAACUGCA